AUGGCUGUAAUCCAUCAUCUUCUUGACUACUACAAUGCUGUGAUCGAUGAAGUGCCAGGCGCAACACUCGAUCCAGCUGUUGUCAGUCAACUACCUCUUACGAUCCCCACGAGAACUAUCGACCGAAUGGUGUUUUACCUCAAUCAGGAGUACGGAAUUACUCAUCCUGGCAGGACUCUCAGUAUCGACGAAAUCAUGGAUCUCAGUAUGGCAGACGAGAUCCGUUGGCUUAUCCUCCACGGUGUGCCCAGCCGAUCGAUUGCAUUCGUGAUUAGGGAGUUCUUUGCCGUGUUGUUACCUGAUCAGAAGCAAUAUGCUGAGCAAACCGCUCAAAUUAUUGAACACUUUCUUUUCUAUUCAAUAGGUAAGGAAACAGCCUUUUGGCAGAUCAACCAAGACACAAUCGAUAUGUGUAUGAAUUUGACUAACCUUGCUGCCACUCAGGGACAAAAUUGGCAGCAAAGACUAAGUCUACGUUACGCGCUUGCCCACGACAUGAUUCUUCGUCUCCGAACAUCGAUGGAACACGCUGUUGGUGACACUGGUGGGUACAUCAUUAUUGAUCUACCAGACCGACAACCACCAUUGCACAAAAUUACCGGCAGCGAGUUUGAAGAAGUCCUAUUUCGACGAAUGAUUAAAGGGUCCAAUCCAAGAGUAUCAUAUAAUAUCACAAAGAAGACCCGGGGCUUGUUGCACGGCCACUUCAGUACAGACAAACUCGGUCCCGAAAUCGAAGCAGCUUUCGGCUACAUGGAAGGUGACGGCGAGCUGGAGCUGGCAUUGAUGACCGAGAAAAAGAAGGAGAUUUGUCGUACCAACACCAUUGACAAAAGACUGACAGGCCCAAGAGCCGUUCCAAGGGACUUGUUGGUGAAGCGCAAAGCCAAAUAA